AUGAUAACACAAAAAAACCUAGAACGUGAUCCUGUUACGACACUAAUCGUUAAUAAAAUUGCUCGAAUUUCAUUAGCUUUUUAUUACAAGCUGAUUAAUUAUAUUCCAUGUAAAAAAUCCACCAGUGAUGUACAACAAUCACAAAAUAAAACAACAACCAAUCAAACUGAAUGGAAAUGCAAUGAUAAAAAUUCUAUUUCAUUAAGAAAUAACUCAUUGCUUUUAAUAUUAUGGUCACCAGGUAAAAGUCCAGUGACUCCUACAACAUUCGCUGAUCACCCACCGAAAAAUAUGACAUCUUCAAAUAUUUGUAUUCAAAAACACAAAAGUUUAAAUGGGAAAGAUUAUCGAACAUCUAGGUUCACAAUGAUUAUUAAUACAUGA